ACUUGCAGCAGCUUUCAGAAGGAGAAUCCACCGGUGUGAUCCAAGGAUGGACGUCAACAAGCGACAGUGGAUGAGGGACGCCGUGCUGGCGCUUUUACCGCUCGCUGUGCUGCGGGGGUUUCCCCUCGGGGAAGCGGUCCCCAACGCAUCCCCGCUGGUGGGGUCCAACUGGGGGAACCCGAGGAGAUACGUUCACCUACAGACAUCCACGGACCUCAACAACUUCUACUUGGAGAUCCGAUUGGAUGGCACGGUGCGCAAAUCCACGGCGAGGGGCUCAUACACUGUGAUUCUCCUGAAGGCAGAGACCCGGGAGCGCAUCGCCAUCCUCGGCGUGAAGAGCAGUCGCUACCUGUGCAUGGACCUGGAGGGCACUCCGUUCUCGUCUCCCACCUGCCUCAGAGACGAGUGCCUCUUCAACCACAAGCUCCUGGAGAACAACCGGGACGUGUACUACUCCACCCGGAACAGCAUCCUCUUCAACCUGGAGGGCUCCCGGCAGGUGUACUCCGCGGGCCAGAACCUCCCCCAGACCUCCCUCUUCCUCCCCAAGAAGAACACCGUGCCGCUGGAGCGUCUCCUGCUGCACCGGGAGAAGCGCAACCAGCUGCUGGACCCCUCCGACCCGCACAGCGUCUACCUGGGCCGCACGGAGGAGGCCUCGGACUCCCGGGCCGUGCCGGAGGACGACGCCGAGCUGGAGCCGGAGCCGGAGGCGGAAGCGGAGGCGGAGGCGGAAGUCGGGGACGACGGACGCAACGUGUCCCGGGAGACCGGUGCGCUGGCCCCGGCCAACCACGACCCCUGGGGCGUGCACGCGCCCCACCAGGGCAGCCCCCGGAGCUCCGGGGUCAUGGGCUGA